AUGCUUGCAAUGGCAUCCAUAGCCAUUGUGGCUACUCCGGUAUUGGCUCAGCCUGACCUCGUGGUCUCCUCGGUAACACCUCCUCCUACGGGUGUUGAAGGCGGUAUCGUCGAGGUCAGUUGGACGGUGACGAAUGAAGGAGAUACCGCCGCGACCGGCAACUGGUCGGACAGCAUCUUUUUGUCCGUUGAUCAGAUUCAUAAUCCUGAAGAUCACUUCAUUGGAGCCCAACCUCGGUUACAAGAAAUUGGGCCGGGGGAAUCUUAUGUACAGACGCGAUCAGUCGAAAUCCCGAGCGGAGUCUUUGGCGAUUGGUACUUCAUUGUUCAGGUGGAUUCUGGGUUUCAGAUUGGUGAAGGGGCGAACGAAGACAACAACUUUACCUCUGCAGGAACAGCGACGGCAAUUGAAGGCACAUUCCCCGACUUGGUGGUGGAGAUCUUGGAGGUGCCGGAGUCUGGUCUGAGCGGCCGGGCGUCGUCGGGUCAGCUGCGGUGGCGUGUGACGAAUGUGGGCGGGACGACUGCCGUGCCAACCAGCACGUGGUACGACCGUAUUUACAUCAGCUUCGACGACCAGCCCGGUGACGAUAUUUUGCUCCAGCGGUACUGGAACGCGCCCGUAUCGUCACUGGCUCCAGGCGAGAGCUACGAGCAAUCCGCCUCGGCGGGCAACUUCCCAUAUCCGUACAACAUCAAUGGUGAAGUACGAUGGAGGGUCUUGGCCGACGGGGAAGGUCGGAUCAACGAGGGCGACGCUGGCGGCGAGUUGAACAACAACGCGUUUAGUGAUGUCCGUACGGUGCAGGGUGGUGAUGCGCAGAUCGCCGACUUCGUCGCGCCGGACCUGGUGUCGCCGGGCACGCGGACGACACUGACCUGGACGACGACGAACCCCGGUCCGGGUGCGAUCAACGAUGUGCGGUACUCGAUGUGGCUGUCGGUCGACGAGAUCGGCGGCAACGGUGAGCCGGGCGAACGCGAGAUCUUCAGUAACACUGUCUACACCAACGUGAUUCUGGCGGGUGGCUCGGAGAACGACUCUCGUACCUACGACAUCCCGUCGGAUGUGGUCGACGGCGAGUACUUCUUCGUGCUGGUGGCCGACCCUCAAGACGAGAUCGACGAGACCGUCAGCCCCGAGGGUGAGAACAACAACGUCUUUGCGCGUGCGGUGGGUGUCGACUCGAACGUCUUCCCCGACUUGGUGGUGGAGAUCUUGGAGGUGCCGGAGUCUGGUCUGAGCGGCCGGGCGUCGUCGGGUCAGCUGCGGUGGCGUGUGACGAAUGUGGGCGGGACGACUGCCGUGCCAACCAGCACGUGGUACGACCGUAUUUACAUCAGCUUCGACGACCAGCCCGGUGACGAUAUUUUGCUCCAGCGGUACUGGAACGCGCCCGUAUCGUCACUGGCUCCAGGCGAGAGCUACGAGCAAUCCGCCUCGGCGGGCAACUUCCCAUAUCCGUACAACAUCAAUGGUGAAGUACGAUGGAGGGUCUUGGCCGACGGGGAAGGUCGGAUCAACGAGGGCGACGCUGGCGGCGAGUUGAACAACAACGCGUUUAGUGAUGUCCGUACGGUGCAGGGUGGUGAUGCGCAGAUCGCCGACUUCGUCGCGCCGGACCUGGUGUCGCCGGGCACGCGGACGACACUGACCUGGACGACGACGAACCCCGGUCCGGGUGCGAUCAACGAUGUGCGGUACUCGAUGUGGCUGUCGGUCGACGAGAUCGGCGGCAACGGUGAGCCGGGCGAACGCGAGAUCUUCAGUAACACUGUCUACACCAACGUGAUUCUGGCGGGUGGCUCGGAGAACGACUCUCGUACCUACGACAUCCCGUCGGAUGUGGUCGACGGCGAGUACUUCUUCGUGCUGGUGGCCGACCCUCAAGACGAGAUCGACGAGACCGUCAGCCCCGAGGGUGAGAACAACAACGUCUUUGCGCGUGCGGUGGGUGUCGACUCGAACGUCUUCCCCGACUUGGUGGUGGAGAUCUUGGAGGUGCCGGAGUCUGGUCUGAGCGGCCGGGCGUCGUCGGGUCAGCUGCGGUGGCGUGUGACGAAUGUGGGCGGGACGACUGCCGUGCCAACCAGCACGUGGUACGACCGUAUUUACAUCAGCUUCGACGACCAGCCCGGUGACGAUAUUUUGCUCCAGCGGUACUGGAACGCGCCCGUAUCGUCACUGGCUCCAGGCGAGAGCUACGAGCAAUCCGCCUCGGCGGGCAACUUCCCAUAUCCGUACAACAUCAAUGGUGAAGUACGAUGGAGGGUCUUGGCCGACGGGGAAGGUCGGAUCAACGAGGGCGACGCUGGCGGCGAGUUGAACAACAACGCGUUUAGUGAUGUCCGUACGGUGCAGGGUGGUGAUGCGCAGAUCGCCGACUUCGUCGCGCCGGACCUGGUGUCGCCGGGCACGCGGACGACACUGACCUGGACGACGACGAACCCCGGUCCGGGUGCGAUCAACGAUGUGCGGUACUCGAUGUGGCUGUCGGUCGACGAGAUCGGCGGCAACGGUGAGCCGGGCGAACGCGAGAUCUUCAGUAACACUGUCUACACCAACGUGAUUCUGGCGGGUGGCUCGGAGAACGACUCUCGUACCUACGACAUCCCGUCGGAUGUGGUCGACGGCGAGUACUUCUUCGUGCUGGUGGCCGACCCUCAAGACGAGAUCGACGAGACCGUCAGCCCCGAGGGUGAGAACAACAACGUCUUUGCGCGUGCGGUGGGUGUCGACUCGAACGUCUUCCCCGACUUGGUGGUGGAGAUCUUGGAGGUGCCGGAGUCUGGUCUGAGCGGCCGGGCGUCGUCGGGUCAGCUGCGGUGGCGUGUGACGAAUGUGGGCGGGACGACUGCCGUGCCAACCAGCACGUGGUACGACCGUAUUUACAUCAGCUUCGACGACCAGCCCGGUGACGAUAUUUUGCUCCAGCGGUACUGGAACGCGCCCGUAUCGUCACUGGCUCCAGGCGAGAGCUACGAGCAAUCCGCCUCGGCGGGCAACUUCCCAUAUCCGUACAACAUCAAUGGUGAAGUACGAUGGAGGGUCUUGGCCGACGGGGAAGGUCGGAUCAACGAGGGCGACGCUGGCGGCGAGUUGAACAACAACGCGUUUAGUGAUGUCCGUACGGUGCAGGGUGGUGAUGCGCAGAUCGCCGACUUCGUCGCGCCGGACCUGGUGUCGCCGGGCACGCGGACGACACUGACCUGGACGACGACGAACCCCGGUCCGGGUGCGAUCAACGAUGUGCGGUACUCGAUGUGGCUGUCGGUCGACGAGAUCGGCGGCAACGGUGAGCCGGGCGAACGCGAGAUCUUCAGUAACACUGUCUACACCAACGUGAUUCUGGCGGGUGGCUCGGAGAACGACUCUCGUACCUACGACAUCCCGUCGGAUGUGGUCGACGGCGAGUACUUCUUCGUGCUGGUGGCCGACCCUCAAGACGAGAUCGACGAGACCGUCAGCCCCGAGGGUGAGAACAAUAAUGUGUUUGCUACUCGACCGAUUGCACCGGAUGUUAUUGUGUCAGACAUUGUCAUACCAACUGGCGUUCAUAUCGGAGACGAGAUUCAGCUUUCAUGGACUCUGGAAAACGCCGGGACGAAGGUUGCUGAUGGACCAUGGACUGAUGAGAUUAUCUUCUCGGUGGAUGAAAUCGCUGGGAAUGAUGACGAUGUUCUGUUUGACACACUCGAUUUCUUGGGAUCUUUGACGCCAGGUCAGCAGAUUACGAGAGGCAUCUCAUUUACGGUCCCCGCAUCAGCCGCGAAGUCUGGUUUCAUGAUUCUUCGUACAGAUGCAACCAACACAGUCAACGAAAGCCGCGAGGACAACAACACGCGUGCAGAACCGUUCGAGCCAACGGGACCAGAUCUUUUCCUAGCUUCGGCGGGUGUGGGUCAGAGUGUUCAAUCGCUUCUUGAUCCGAUCAGUGUUUCGUGGGCAACACAGAAUCAAGGAACUGCGGUCGCGCUCGGGCCUUGGGUUGAGCGGGUAUACCUGUCAUCGGAUGCUGUGUUUAGCCCGGGGACCGAUCUGCUUUUCGAGUCUUUGGAUUCGGCGGAUGACAUCCAGCAGGGUGGGCAGGUCAUGCGAAUGCUUGACUUGCUGCCACCUCAGGAUGGAAGCCUGAUUCCUGGUGACUACUUUGUCUUUAUUGAUCUUGAUAGUGAAGCCGGAGUUAUCGAGAUCGAUGAGGGGAACAAUGUUUCCGAACCAGUUGCAAUCACCUUGACCGAAGCGAUUACACCUGAUUUGGUCAUGGUCGAUGUUUCCGGGCCGACAGAAGUCGCGGCUGGAGGGAUCGCGGAGAUCACAUGGACAGUUGAGAAUCAGGGGAAUGGGUCAACUGAUACUGGUUGGGCGGAUUCGAUUCGCAUAUCGCUUGAUGCCGCACUUGGUGGAGAUAUAGAGCUCGCUCGGGUGCAGCGUGGGGCUCCAUUGAGUCCUGGAAGUUCCUACACUGAGACCGUUUCAGUGGUAGUGCCCGAGGAGUAUGUGGGAAACCGCAGAUUUGUAGUUGUCACGGAUGCGGAUGAUGCUCUCAAUGAGUUCGCUGGGGAAGCGAAUAAUGCAAUGAUCACUUCCGGUGAUGUCUUGGUGCGAGAAGUUGACCUCGUCAUUGCAGACAUCAGUGCGCCAUCGGCAGGAAUCGCUGGAGAGACGGUCAACAUUUCAUGGGAAUCCGUGAAUCAGAGUCCUGCGACUAUUGCUGCCAGUUCACACUGGCGUGAUCGAGUGUACUUGUCGUCAGACAUGAUCAUUGGUGGGGAUGAUGUAGAGGUCGGCAGUAUUGUCCGAGUAGGUCCUCAAGGUGCAAAUGAGUCAGUACUGGUUCAAGCAUCAGUAGAACUGCCAGUUGAUCUAGCAGGGUCACAUUUUGUGGUGAUUCGGACGGAUGCUGACAACCAGAUCGCUGAAGGAAAUGCUGGUGAGUUGAAUAACUCGUACAUCAGUGGGGAACCCAUUGAGGUCAACCAGCCAGCAUUGCCGGAUUUGGUGAUAUCGAGUAUCUCGUCGCCGAGUACAGCGAUCUCGGGUGAAUCCAUUACAAUUCAUUGGGACGGCCAGAACAUUGGAGAGCAGCCCGCCGUCGGUACAUGGACCGACCGAGUUUAUCUCUCGAUUGAUCCACAACUCUCUUCUGAAGAUGUAUUGCUUGGGUCGGAUUUCCGUGUUGGCCCAGUCAAUGCAAGCGAUACAUUUGUCGGUGAGUUGGAAGCCACUCUGCCAAUGGUUACUGGGCAAAGGUGGAUUAUUGUGGAGUCAGACCCCGACGAUCUGAUUGAAGAGGGCGAUGGCGAAGAGAAUAACUCGCUUGUAGCCACUUCUCCAAUCUUAAUCGAAGCACCACAGCUACCAGAUUUAGUUUCGCAGAUAGUAAGCUCACCUACUACUGCCGAAUCAGGCGGUAGUGUCAUUGUUUCCUGGCAGGUAUCUAACACAAGUACCGUUGAUGCGACGGGUACAUGGUCAAACGCUGUGUACUUGUCAGAUGACACGGUGCUGAGUAGUGAUGAUCAGAUUCUCCGCGCGGAAACAUUCAUCAAUGGAACUGUAGCUGGCGACGGUGGGAUAUCGAGCUUGGAAUUCUUGGUUGUCAUGCCAUCGACACUGCAAGAUAAGACAGCUUACUUCAUCGCAUCAGCGGAUAUUGGUGAUGCGAUUGAGGAGUCGGAUGAUGCCAAUAACGCAUCUCAAGCGAUGGCUAUUUCCAUAUCCGCAGAGCCAUCGCCUGAUUUGAUAGCUCAAUCAGUGUCUGCGCCAUCGGCAGCAGAGUUCGGUGAGGAGAUCGCGGUCACAAUAUCAGGGCAAAACAUUGGCACUGAUGGGACGAGUGGUGGGUGGGCAGAGCAGGUAUUCCUGUCCACAGACAAUGAGUAUGACGACAAUGACAUAUUCGUUGGGAUUGGAUUUCAGGACGCGGCUCUUGCUGAAGGUGACUUGUACGCGAUUCAGGAUGUCUCAAUCACAUUGCCGCUUGAAAACUCCUUGUUGCCUGGCACAUAUUUCUUGAUUGUAAAAACGGAUGCCUUCGGUCAGGUUCAAGAGUCUGAUGAAGAGAACAAUAUUUUCGUAGGCGGCACGGUUGAGCUCGCCUAUCCACCGUUGCCCGACAUUGCUGUCUCGUCAGUGAUGAUCGAGGGUGAGAUCCGAAUCGGCUCCACUGUUUCAGCAACCGUGAAUCUUACGAACACAGGAGAUGCAGAAGUACCAUCAGGAUCGAGAAUCCUACUUGCGUUGUCCGAGUCGCAGAGUGCUACUGAAGACAGUGCAUUUGCAGCGUUGACUGUCAAUGAAACUAUCCCGAUUGGUGGCUCAGUUGAAGUGGUAGGGAAUGUCGUCCUUCCAGAUCCAGGAUUCACAGAUUCAUAUCUCAUUGCAUCGGCUGAUGCUGAUGAGAUUGUCGUUGAACUCGAUGAGCUCAACAACUCUGGUGCAUCAUCUUUGUUUUCUUUCCCUCGACCAGAUCUUGUUGCUCAGUCAGUAUCAGUACCUUCAAGUGCUGUUGCGGGAGAUCCAAUCAAUAUCAUCUGGGAAGUUCAGAACAACGGGUCUGAUGUGACGCGGGGUGCAUGGUCAGAUCGGAUCAUGCUGUCGCAAAAUCCGGACAGCACUUCGGGUCGAGUGGUAUUGUCACGAGUAAUUGAUUUCAAUGUGGCACCUGGCACGCCAUAUGUUCAAUCGGCAAUUGUGAUGCUUGGUGAUGAUUUGGAAGGUCAGUUCUAUGUGAUUGUGGAUGCAGAUGCAGGCGAUACACUGAUCGAAGAAGAGCCCGAUUCAAGUAAUCGUGCGGUUUCUUCUUCACCAAUCUCGAUUUCUCGACCUGAUCGCCCGAACUUGGUGGUUUCAUCCGUAACCUCGCCCACAUCCGUUGUCAGUGGACAGUCGAGUGAUUUGUCUUGGCGUGUUCAGAAUAUCGGAUCGACCUCAACGAAUACGAUCUGGAAUGAUCGCGUCUAUGCAUCGCGUGAUGAUGUCCUUUCUUCGGAUGAUUAUCUCAUCGCCCAACAAUCGGCAGUGAUGCAGUUGGCUCCUGGGCAAAGCUACACACGCACCCUGAAUGCGCCGUUGCCUCUUGCAACUGGGACAUACAAGUUGCUGGUGGUAGCUGAUGCGACCAGCGCCCAGGCAGAGUCUCAUGACGGCGGGGAGAAUGACAAUCUUGGCGUCUCUGUUUCGGACUUCACGAUUGCGGGGUAUUCCGCGAGUGCGUCCGCGUCACCAGAUAGCGGGCUUGCGGGGACGCCUAUUACUGUCUCAGGGGCAGCUACAGUCGACGGCACAGGUGAGCCUGCAGCCGGAGUUCCUGUCAAGGUACGGGGUCGUGUUCGUGGCUUUGAACGCUACUACACCGUGCUCACGCUUGCUGACGGCAGCUAUUCGGCGACUCUGAACCCAGGACCUACUGAAGCCGGGCUCUACACCAUUGAUGCGGGAAUGCCAACUGAUGAAAGCUUUACAGCUCAAGAUAGCCUUGUCCUGGUCGGUCUACAGACCAGCUCGGUUCCCAUCAAUGUCCGAGUGUUGCCGGGUCAUGAGUCAGCAGGGACGUUCACAGUCCGUAACUUGGGCGAUCUGCCGUUAAGUGGAUUUGAGAUCAUCAGUGAGGGAGGGAAUCCAGCGAUUGAUGUCCAGGUUGUGUUCGAUGGGGGCUCUGUGCUUGCUCCACUUGAGAACCGAACCGUUGAGUAUCGCAUCAAUGCUACUGAGGAAGUAGGGGGUGUAGUGCCGGUAGUCCUGCGCGCAGUAACUGCCGCCGGAGCCCAGGCCACUACAACACUCUCUAUCACAGUUGGGCGAGAAAGUGCAGAUCUACUUGCGAGCACAAUGGACCUUCGAGAGGACAUGGUGGCUGGCGAGAAUGAUUACAUCGAACUGGAAAUCCAGAACAUCGGUGGUGCAGAAAGUGGCCCGCUUGAAGUUGAUAUUGCUGCGGCUCCGUGGCUGUCGCUCGUAUCUCCGGAUGUCAUGGAUUCACUCAUGCCAGGUGAAGAGGCUGCCGUGACCUUGCGUCUUUCGCCUGAUGAAGAUCUCCCGCUGGGAGCGUACGAGGCGAGCCCCGGCAUCGUGGUUUCUGAUCAGACAGAUCCAUCUGUGUUCGAAGAGAUUGAUUUCUCCAUCGAGAACACCACAAAUCGCCGUGGAGUCUUGGAUGUACAGGUCACCAGUGAGUUCUCGUACUUCGGAGAACCGCCAAUCUACCCGGAGAACGCUGUUGUAACCGCCCGAUCAUUUGGUCCACAGGGAAGGUAUGCGCGUGGCGGAAUCACCGCUUCUGGUGUCGCAGAUGCAAAUGGUCAGAUCAGUUUCGAGGAUCUGCCCGAAGGCUGGUACGAGAUAGAAGUUCGUGCGCCGGGGCAUAAUACCUAUCGAAAUAACCAGUAUGUUCGUGGUUCGGACAAUACUGGAGUUGAGACUUUUGUGCCAAGGCAGGUGCUGUCGUUUGACUGGUCAGUGAUUCCGAUUGAUUUCGUCGAUGAGUAUCUUGUUACGAUCACAACAGUUUUUGAGACCAAUGUCCCCGCACCUGUAGUCACGAUUGACACAGACCCUGUUGCUGAAGGUGUCCAGCCCCUCAUCGAUCUGACAACGGGAUUUGACGAUCACGGGAUCAAGGAGAUCGAGGUUGUUGUCGAAAACCACGGUCUCAUUACAGCAGAGAACUUUGCACUAAACAUUCCAGAGCAUUCACGAUUCGAUGUCAUUCCACUCAUUGACAGCUUUGGCGAUAUUCCGGGCCAGAGCAGCUUUACCAUCCCCAUUUUGAUCGUGGAUCGAUUCCCUGAGUUAAAUGGCUCUGUAUCACAAGCAAGCGUUGUUGGUUGUGAGCCAGUUCAAAUGACCGGGCAAUACGAAGUGGUGUGCGGGCAACGCAGGCUGUAUCUAACCUACACAUACUUCCGACAACCGGAUAUUGAUUGUGGAACAGGCGAUGGAGGAUACAUCGGAGCAGAUGGGCUGGUGAUUCAGGGCGGUCAAGCCGGCCAAAUACUGAAUUCUCCAGAGGAGCAAUACUUCUAUGAUCAAUUGCAGUUGUUCGCUCAACUGUAUUUGCCUUAUACAUUGGUGUUCCCUGAUGGAGAAUGGUUCACGAAUGACAAUGUGAACCGUGCCGUUAGCAGGUGGAACAGGUCAAUAAGUUAUGCGAGUAUGGGAAUAUCCGAGAUCCAAGAUGUCCCCGAUGGGAUGAGCACUGAUUUCAUGACUCAGUCAGAAGCGAUGAAUGUGGUGAACACCGCGGUGACUGCAAUGGCUACUCUUGCCGAUCAAGGAUAUGAAGACCCGUCACAAGUGUUGCUAGACGCAACUGAACUACUCGCCAUAUCUUCUGACGAUGGACAGGGUGUUUGCGUCCAAGUCACUGUACAACUUGAGCAGCGGAUUGCGAUUACACGUUCCGCAUUUCGUGCAUCACUUGGUCUCGAUAAUCCUGGUGGAGGCGGAUCCGUGGAGUCCAUCGGUGUGUCGCUUGUGAUCAGAGAUCAGUUGGGGAACGAUGCUACUGAUCUUUUCCUCAUUGAAGCACCGGAGCUCGAAGGUAUAACGGAUGUAUCUGGUACAGGGUCUCUUCCGGAAGGUGCGAGCGGCCGUGCGAACUGGCGCAUCAUUCCUUCGGACUUCGCUGCGCCGGAAGAAGAUACGCCAUACUACAUCUCCGGCGAGUUCCAGUACAGCGUUGACGGCAACCUGAUCGUGGUGCCGCUUGUUCCCGCAGAGAUUACGGUUCAGCCGAAUGCAAGCCUUGACUUGAAGUACUUCGUCGAGCGAGAUGUUUAUGGCGAUGAUCCGUUCACGCCUGAGAUAGAGCCAUCUAUUCCGUACAAUCUUGGGCUGUUGAUGACCAAUCAAGGCGCUGGAGAAGCACGCGAUGUUCGCAUCGCUGCGGCGGAACCAAGGAUCAUCGAGAAUGAUCGUGGUCUUAUCAUUGAUUUCGAUUUGAUCGGUACCCAGGUCGGUGAAGAAGAGACCUCGCCGUCACUCAAUAUUGAGCUUGGGGAUCUCGGCCCAGAUGACCGCCAGGUCGCACGCUGGUUGUUCACCUCAACGCUACAGGGUGAGUUUGUCGAGUUCGAUGCUGAGUUUGUGAGUCUGAAUGGGUUUAAUACCCCAGAGUUCUCAUUGAUCGACGGCAUCAGCAUCUUUGAAAUGGACCACCCAGUCCGAGCGGGUGCCUACGCAAACUCGUCGACAGCCGAUGACGAUGCGUUGUUCGACUUCUUGACGAAUCAGAUGCCAGAUUUGAAUGAUCUUCCAGAUCGACUGCACCAGAGCAAUGGUGCGGUUGAUGCGGUCGAAGCUAUUGACGAUGUCGACGCAACGAUUCAAGACAGCUUCACAGCAGAAGUUGAUGUGACCAUGCCUGAAGGAUGGGCAUACAUCCGAGUGAAUGAUCCGUUCGACGCGAAUCUACCACUCCAAAGUAUUGAACGGAGCGACGGGAAGGUCAUUUUGCCAAGUUUCAAUGCAUGGCAAACAAAUCGCAUCCAGCGUCAAGGGCCAAACGCGGGACAACCGGAGCGCUACGUUCACAUCUUCGAUCGUGGUGGUAGCGGUCGUUACACGCUCAGAUUCUGUUCGGAUGCAACGCCUCCAGCUGUUCUUGCGUGGGGAUCUCAGAACUCGCAUGGUUCCUUUGGCGACAUCACAAUCGGAAUCGAUUCAAGUGGAACUGUAUCGGAGCCUCGAUCUUCUGGAUUAUCGAAGCUUCAGGUGACAUUCGACGAGCCAAUUGAUCCGGCCACAUUCCAGCCGAUUAACGUGAUCGCUCGUGGGCUUGAUCCAGAUGGAAAUGAACUCGAUCUAGGUGGGAUCGCUGUCGAAACAGAGCUGACACCGAGUGGAUUGUCGGGAAUGAUUCAGUUCAUACCAGCUUUACCUGAUGAGGCGAAAUACUGCAUCACACUGAACAAUGUACGCGAUGAAGCUGGCAAUGUCUUGCAGGACAAUGCACAGAUCAUUGUUACUGCACUCCAGGGUGAUGCCAACGGUGAUUCGCGUGUCAAUGGGGCUGACGUGGCAUUUGUGCGGGCGAUUCGUGCAGAUGUGAACGGUGGCCUCAUUGAUCCAAUGAACCCACAGCAUGUACGUUCAGACAUUACCGGUGAUGGCCGAGUGAAUGGUGCCGAUGUGUCAUUUACACGCGCAUCGAACGGAAACGAUACAAGGGCGAUAGCUGAUCCAUGCUUCCUCCCUGAUGGACUUGGUCCGUUCCGGGAUGGGUUGGAUUCAUCCGGGAGCAGUGUAGAUUCAGCAAAGAUGUCUGGUGCCCAUAAUGCGGGUCAGCAUGACAUUGGUCUUGUUGGCGAUGAUUCAGAGGAUUGGGAACCUAUUCAGGCAGAGUUUACUGCGGAUGGUGUUUCGAUUCGACUUGAUCCUCUUCGAUUUGUUGUCGGAGACUGUGAUGAAGGAGUAGAUGCGAUAGCCCUACUUCUUGAUUCAGGAGUAGAAAUUAAUCAGAUCUCUAUGCUAGGGUUCAGCGACUGGCUGCUUGUCGAGCUUAUAGCUGAGGGCUCAGCAGAGCCGCUCAUGAGUAUGCUCCGGUCGUCCGGUGUCUAUACAUCGCCUCUGCUGAGAGAUGAUGCUGAUGAGUUCUUGGUUGCGCAAUCGUCCAUUCUGAUCAAGUUCGAAGACUCGGCACCAGAUGAUUGGUGUUUAAAGGUAUUGGAGACUGAGUUUGGACAAGAAGCGGGCCUGACUGUGGUUAGCGAUUCCAUUCCAGGGCUACUUCGUGUAGAUCUAGACACCCAUUCAGGAAGUGCUGUAAUUGCUGCUGCCAAUCGAUUGGCAAAGCGCAAAGACAUCCAGUAUGCAGAGCCAGAUUUUGUCAUGUUCGCAAACCGCGUAAGUGGACUCAGUGGUGCAUCUGUCGAUUCAAAAUUGAUCACCCCUUUGGAUAUCGAGCCACAUUAUUCGGAUUCGUCAGAGCGUGUCGCGGGGGUAGUUAUGAUUGACGAUGGUGUGUUGCACUCUAUAGCUAUGCGACAGGGGGAAACCACCUUUGGAGUGUUCAGUGGAUACGGGCAACCAGAAACGCACGCAGAUGUUUACGGUCAAGCUGUCUAUAAAGGGUUGUGUGCAGAGUGGCAAGGGAUUGAAAUGGCAUCAGCGGCGAUUCGAGGGCUGGGUUCACUCAAUGAGACUGGGCGGUCCGUAUCUACCACACAUGCCAUGGUUCAAUCAUUGGCAAGAGCUACCGUGAUGCGGCCCAAAGUGGUGACAAUCUCAGGUGCAUUUGGGUAUGAAUCAGUUCUGCUCCAUGAGAUUGAGGCAGAGAUGCUCAAUGCAGGUAUUGUACUGAUUCGGUCGUCGUCAUCUACUCGAACUGGCAAUGUAGAUGUGAUUGAAGGAGUGCUGCUUGAUAUCCCGAUUUUGAGAACAGGUGAAACAGGUGCGCAGGAUACAGCAUUUGAUGCCGCAGAGCGUGUCGGAGAAAUAGCCGCCGCUCUACUAUCUGCUGAUAAGCUCGGUGGCGUUUCGCUGGUUGAGUUGGCAGGGGUGGUAGCCCGGCAGUUGUCAGAGACAAUUUUGGAUGAUCCAAUGUCGGCAGACACAGUGAUCAUUCUUAUUGACAAAACUGCACAGCGCAUGGCAGUUGAUCUCAAUCGAGAUGGUCAAGUCACGCAGGAAGACCUCGCAGAGUUUGUGAAGAAAUUUGAAAUCACCGAACCCUCGAUUGAUUAUGACGGAAGCGGUCAAGUCGAUCAGAGAGAUAUGGUGGAGUAUCUCCGUAGAUUUGAAGCAUACAUGGCCAAUUGA